AUGGCUCUUACUCAACCGUCAACUUCGGAGAGGACGAUCCGCAAAAUUGACAUUGCCCAGGUGUCCCUUAGCCUCCAGGAUCGGUUAGGCCUCGCCAAAGUCAAGUAUCAGAAUGGACGUUUACAGGCACUCGGACCAAACCAUAAUGGCGGAAUACAGGUGUGCUUGGGAAGUGACAGGCCGUCGGAUUCUUCGUCGGAGGUCUCGCACAGCCGGAGUGAAACCCCAUUGACUCCCCCUCCCUUGCCAAACUCGUCAUAUUCCAAGGAGCUCCCUCGAUCGUCUCGGAAUCGACAUGCCGCAACUUUCGACUCCAAGGCCAUGCAGCCUAUGCUGUCUGCCAGCCGGAAGCGUCUGCGAUCCGACUCGAUUACAGAUCGUACGGUCAAAGCCCCCCGGGUGUCUUGGAAGAGUUCACACCACCUGCCCGAAUCGUCUCCAGGCUUCAACCGACAGCACCUGAACCGACACCUUCCCCUUCCCUUCAUGUCAGAUAUACCCGAGUAUUCUUCACCGGCGUAUCCUCAUCACUCAGAAGACGACAAUGACCCCGACCUCCCUGUCCACAGUUUUCAGCAUGUCAGCUCUCUGGCAGGCUCUUCACCUCCCCGCACGCCUCCUCCGAAGCACGCCCGUCUAUCCCGGAACGACCGACAAUUGCGGCAUGCAGACGGAGCAGAUUUGCUUCUGUACCUGGCCAAUUCCCCAACACCAGCCAAGUCUCAGCAGGUGCGGGAUUUCCCACCGUCGACUCCUCCGAGCCAGCACGCCGCUCUGCCCUCGUUGACCCCGACUCCUGGCGGCGGCGGCGUCUUCCCCAACUUCGGUACCCCGAACCAACAGUUCAACUUUGCCGACUUUGUGAAUGUGACACCCAGUCCGGCACAACCUCCCUGGGGCGGUCGCACGCCGGGAGGGCCCUCGAAAACACCCCUUGCCAACAAGGAGCGAAAGAGGUCUAAUCUCGACGGCCUGCUGCCGCCGAGUACGGACAGCCCGAGGAACCGCGGAAAGGGGCCUGCCAUGGUCCUCCAACUCGGUGAAGAGCUGCGACCGGAAAAAAGCAAAUAA